GUUUAACAGCCACUGACGGAUCCUCCUGUUGGAUCGUUUUCGUCGUUUUGUCUUUCGUUUCUCUCGAGGCUUUUAUUUUGAAGGCUUGCCACAGCGCAUCCUGUCUCGUGUGUGUGCUGCGGUGCGUCUUGACGCAGCGGGUGGCAGCUGGUGCGUCAGGAGGAGACAGAGAUGCCAUAACAGCAGCAUCACCGACCGUCAGUCCGUCUCACCGGGAGGGAUUUUAUUUUGUCUCCGCUCUCAUCCGCUUCCUUUCGGCGUGUGUCCCGCCGGUACCGGAGCCGGGACGCCUCUCAUGGUCUGUCAGUCCGGCUGUUAGGACAAGGAGACGAGCGGCGGAGCGGCGGCAGCAUCUGGAGCGGAGGAUGCUCUGGGGUUUCCCAGCAGGCCUGUGAAGAUGAGUGUGACCUCGUGGUUCCUGGUGAGCAGCUCGGGCACUCGACACCGUCUGCCCAAGGAGAUGAUCUUUGUGGGCCGAGAGGACUGCGAGCUCAUGCUGCAGUCUCGCAGUGUGGACAAACAACACGCCGUCAUCAACUACAACCCGACAACCGACGAGCACCUGGUCAAGGACCUGGGCAGCCUCAAUGGGACGUUUGUGAACGACCUGAGGAUUCCUGAUCAGACCUACAUCACCCUCAAACUGUCGGACAUCAUCCGCUUCGGAUAUGAUUCCCAUGUCUACGUUCUGGAGAAAAGUCAACACAAAGUCCCAGAGGAGGCUCUGAAGCACGAGAAGUACAGCAUUCAGCUGCAGAUAAGCCUGAAGGCCUCAGAGGGGAAGAAGACGGAGCUGGAAGAUCGAACGAGGGCCGAGAAAGCACCGAGUACCAAGACUCUGCCACACGAGGCUCCGGUGUGUCGGCCCACUCCUCUGUAUGGUCAGCCCUCGUGGUGGGGAGAGGAGGAUUAUGGGAGUAAAGUUCAUGCUGAUGAACCUCAUGCAGAUGUCCAGAAAGAUGCUUCUUCUGUGGAUCCAGACUUUUCUGGAUCUCUGUCAGAAUCCCAACAAAAAACCAUCUUCCCUUCGUACCAUCGUGAGCCGAGUUACUUUGAGAUUCCUACCAAGGACUUCCAGCAUCCCAAAACCUCAGGGGCAGAGCUUCAUGAGAUCCCCACCAAGGACACAGACACGCCCCCAACCCCUCCUGUUGUUCAGAGCCACGCCUCCUUCACCAUCGAGUUCGACGACUGCAUGCCCGGAAAGAUCAAGAUCAAAGACCACGUCACCAAGUUCUCCACUCGCCAGAGGAAGAAGCAGGCUCCACCCACCAAAAUCACAACAUCCACACCCGCUGAGAUGAUGUCAGCAGAGAGCAAGGUGGCUGAUUGGCUAGUCCACAGUGAUGUCAGCAUGAUGAGAAGACGUCCAACAUGUGAAGAUGUUUACAGCACUAAAAGUGACCUCGCCAUGAACAUCAAGACCCUCAAAGGUCACCAUCACGAGGAUGGAACCCAGAGUGACUCAGAGGACCCAGUUCUCAAAGGAAGGAGGAGUAAGUCCCAACACUCCAUCCAGUCUCGCCACCCAGUACAAUCAGAGCUGUCAGAGGCGUCGCAGCAGACAGUUCAGUCAGCCCAGUCUAUCCAGAGCCAGCCACCUGCUCCAACACAGACCCUCCACCAGGCACUGCAGCACUCUCCACCCAGAGCAGCACCAGCCUCACCAGUGGCUCCUGAGCGGCCCUUGUCCCAGAGUCCUCCUCAGGCUCAAUCCCCCACCACAGAAUGUCCCAAGCAGGCCCCUCCCGAGCACCUCACCCAGCAAGCCUUUAUUAUCGAGUUUGAUGACAAUCCGCGCAAAAAGCGCUCGCAGUCUUUCACGCACAACCCUGCCCAUGCUGACACAUACUCUGCCCUGAAGGCCAAGCUGGAGAGGCGGAAAGGUGGUGAAAGGCCGGCAUCUGUGCAUGGCCACAUCCCUCCGACCCAGCAGGUGACGGUUCCUCUGAAGGGUCAGGGCCAUGGUGGCCCCCAGAGGUCAAGCUCUCUGAAGAGGGAGAAGACAGAUGGAGAAGCGGCCUCCUCCGGUUCCACCUCUCGCUCCUCCUCAGGUCUCAUAAUCAGACCCUUUGGCAGUGUUGGGAAAAAGUCCAAGCUGGCCCAAGAGUUUGCUGCUGAAUUCCUAAAGGAUUCUGGUCAACGGGAUUCCUCUCCAACAAGAGACAAGACAUCCCCUCCGCCAAUGUCUGCACCGCCAGUGAUGGUGUCACCUCCUCAUGCAAGAAUUCCCUCCCCUCAAGAACCUCUAGCGCCUUCCUCAGUCUCCUACCCCACCUCCCCUUUGCAACCUCCAGCAAUCUCAAAGUCUUCAAUCCCCACCAAUGCCGCCAACCAGAUUUCCUCUCCAGUCCCUUCCUCUGGGCCUCCCAUGUCCCCCAUGCUGCCAAUGGGCGUUCAUGCAACAGAUGCCAAAGGCUCCCAAAGGAUGAUGAGGAACGAGGAGGACGAUAGCCUGAGUGAUGCUGGGACCUACACCAUCGAGACGGAGUCACAAGACAAAGAGGUGGAGGAGGCUCGCAACAUGAUCGAUCAGGUGUUUGGUGUCCUGGACUCCCCAGAGUACAGUGGUGUGAACACAGGAGUGUAUAGGCCUGUAAUAAAUGAUGGCAAGGAUGAGCAAGCUAACCUGCCUAGCGAUGGUAGCACUGUGGACCAGUUGCAUGGCUUUAUCCCAGCUACUAUCAGCAGCCCCCCAACAGGGCCCAUUCAGGUUCCAUCUGCUCAUGCAGCAGGUCUGGAAGGACCAAAAUGGGUUUCCCGUUGGGCCAGUCUGGCAGACAGCUAUGCUGAACCUGGUUCCACUCCACCUCAAGGGGAAUGUCUGGAAGAUUUGCACUUCAUGAGCCGGUCAAUGGGAAAUUACAGCUACGAUAACUCUGAGUCGGAGUCCUGCCACGGCUCCAGAACAAGAAGGCUGUUGCCCCAGGUGCCUCCAGAAAAGCCGGAAAGUGUACCUCCAAGUAUCCUGAUUCGCCAUGACACUUACCAAGGGCGGGAACCUCUGGACAGAGUCUCUGGUCCUCCCCGCCCACAGAACUCCACCCAGUGCCUGUCAGUUCAGGAUGAUGUGGACCCAGACAGUCUGAGUGAUGCCAGCCGCUCAGAUGAUGGACCUGUUCUGGAGAAAACAAAGAGGAAUCUGGCCAGGACUGGAUCUGUGUCUCCAGGGGGCACUGGACCUCAGUUCAAAGGUCCAGAAAAAGUAUCUCCCUCCACCAAAUCCACCUCCUUCUACAUUGGAUCUGAAGAUAGUCCAGGAAAACCUGACCAAGCCCGAAGUCCAGUACAGUCUGAGAGGACACGAGACCCCUCAGCAAAAACUCCCCCUACCACAGUCCUGAUACGACACCUGAGUGGACAUGAACCCAGAAGGACAGGUGUAAAACCCAACAGCUCUGCUCCAAACCUCCAAAUGCAGGACAAAGAUUCUGUCCCCACUAAAGACAACAGCAUAUCAUCCAUUGUCCGGCAGGAGAGCUUCACCAAAGACCCGCCCAGUGACACCAUCCAGAUGAAGAAACUUCCCCAUAUCUCCAGUCACCCGUCCAUUAGAGAUAUGGAGCAGAGGAGGGAGAACAUCCAGGACACGCAGUCCUUCCUUCAGGAGACAGAGGGAACUCUGUCCUCCCUGGUUGACACCAAGUUCCCCUCGUCUGGCUCUGGUCGUAGUUCAAAGAAAGGAGGGUCCUCCACCCACAUGGAUGACUCCCUUUCUGGUGAGUCUGAUGUGGACACAGCAAGCACUGUGAGCCAGGUGAGUAGCAAAAAUGCUCCAGUCAACUCUGCUUCUAAAAAGCGUCCCUCCAUCAGCAGUCUUCAAAAGGAGAAGUCUUCUUCCAGCCCAUCAAUCCAAGAGAAGGGACGCCAACUUACGGCCCGUGAACGGCUUUCUGAAAAACGGCGAAACCAGGUGACAGCAGAUGCAUCAAGCAAGGCAGAAGCAGCAAAACGUUUCCAAAUGCGCCGCAGUGCAGGCAACCGUGGAUCUCUGGAUCUGACAGAGGGUCAGCAAGGUUCUGGUCCACACUGGACCGAAACACCAUCAUCUGACCAAGAAAUUUCCCGACCAUCCACCCGCAGCAAGAAACUCAUUGCCCCUCUUCAGAAAGAAGACAAUGGAAAGACACCCAAGAUGGCAGCUCAGCAGGUUCUGACACGCUCAAACAGCCUGUCAGCACCACGGCCAACCCGGGCAUCCAUGCUUCGCCGAGCACGUCUGGGUGAGGCCUCUGACAAUGAAGGUGCUGAAACCGAUCGGGGCUCACAGAAUUCUGACCAUGUCACUGUGCCACCCAAAGUGUCCGCUGAUAUGAAAAAGCUGUCCAGGCUGGACAUCUUAGCAAUGCCCAGGAAGAGAACUGGGUCCUUCACAGCCCCCAGUGACAACGAGACAUCUUCCAUGGGCAGGGCCGGUUUCUCUAACCGGAACUCUGAGUCAGUUGUCACCAGCAGAAAGACAUCUGUUGGUGAUGCCCGCCAGACAUCUAGCAAAGGGGGUGGAGCUCUAGGGAAGCAACUUCUGACCCGCACCCGGUCCAGUGGAGCCAAGUACCCGAGCACUGGUUCUCGUCACAGACAGAAGGGCUCAGACUUCUCUUCAUCCUCUGAGGAAGAUUAUGAGAUGAAUGCCGGGAUUUCCAAAGCCAAACGCUCCUCCCAUCCCCCCACGUCCACCCAGACGCCACGCAGUCAACGGACAGGUGCCACCAGAUCCAAGUCUGUCUCUCUGGAGACAGAGGAGGAUGAGGACCAGAACGAUGUCGACCCCUACCAGAACUGGUCCACACACAGUGCUGAGAUCGCCAAGCUCAGUCAGGACCUGGCCAAAGAUCUUGCCAUCCUAGCGAAGGAAAUCCAUGACGUUGCCGGAGACGGAGACUCGCCAAGCUCCGGCAUGGGCACCACCACCUCACCCAGCUCUCUUCCCAACACGCCGGCCUCCACCAUCUCUGCCAGGGAGGAGGGGCCAUCUUAUCCAUACUUACGUGGGGUUCGACCAUCUCAGGUGAUUCUGGACAACCUGAUGCUCAAUCCAGUGUCUCAGCUGUCUCAAGCCAUCCGGGAGAACACUGAGCAGCUGGCGGAAAAAAUGAAGGUUCUGUUCCAGAACAAGGCGGAGGUCUGGGAGGAGAUCGAGGCAAAGAUUAACUCUGAGGAUGAAGUUCCCAUCCUGAAAACAUCCAACAAGGAAAUUUCUUCCAUUUUGAAAGAGCUGAGAAGAGUCCAGAGGCAGCUUGAAGUUAUCAACACCAUCGUGGAGCCCGGGGGGAGUCUCCAGACAGCAGCGGUAGGGACUUCCUCUGUCAGUCAGACUCGACCAUCAAUGAGGGAGAAGAAACCAGGCACCAAACCCCGUGGCGCACCCCCGACCUCCAACGCAAAUGAAAGCACCAAAAGAACACCUCGUGGAGCCGAAGAGGCCCACUACAUGGCCUGAAGAGGCCUCCGUAGCACCUCUGGACAGUAAACUGUGCAUCCACACCACCUGCAGCACUGCAGAGGCUUUUUCUUCUUCUUCUGCAGAAAUAUUCUAGAUUAGCUUGACAGUCGCGUCAGAUGGCCUGCCAAACUUUUACUGUGCAGCUGGCAGAACCCAUAUUAUUGAUACAGAGAGCUGCUGAAGGUUUAUCAAAAGGUUUUGUAAAGACGCCUCUCUGACCCUGUCCUGUUUCAGGUGUCUGCUCCUCCCAAGUCUUAAUUCUGAGUAGUUCAACAAAGUCUUUCAGAGGAAUUACAUUUACAUUACAUACAUUCCAGACUGAGCGAAAAGCUCACAUGUCCUUCUCUCUAGCCUGAUAUCCUGCUCCUCCAGGGGUUCCCAGUGUGUUCUCAGGCCUUAGGAAACCCUUAGAGGGACCACACUAAGAGAAGUUUAGUCUUUAGCUUGCAGUAACCUUAUCCAGACCAUCAGCCCCUUCCUGGAGCAAGUCCGGGGGAGGGAGUGCUGGUUAGUGUCCGGUCAGGACCAGCACAAAUGAGCAACAUGGCAUGAACAGUGGACAAUUCUGUACGUCAGCAGAACAUUUGGAAAUAUUUUGUUAGUCUGCAGUAAGGCGCACACUGUGGUUCUGACAACUGGCAGUAACUUUGCAGUGAGGAGGCACAAAAGUACUUUUGUACUCUUCAAAUCACUGUCUUAAAAGUGUCAGCCGUUUAAAGGGGUCAUGGAGGUGAGCUGCAGGUGUCGCUUUGAUUUCAUCUGUAAAACAAAGAGGGUCAGCAGCUGAACUUUCUGCUGGGGGUGUGGAUGCAGUCAGACUGUCCAAAGCAAAUCUUUCAUGUGUAUCCAGUGAUUCAGUCAGUGAGAACAAGUGAAAGAAUAUGUAGAGCUGCUUCUACAUCGCACAAGCUGAACAAAAUUUAGUCAAAGCUACAAAAAGAAGCAGCUGCUCGCUCCGCAGUCGUACUCGGAUGAUGUACAAACGUAUCCUGAUAACCUUUGUGCUUUGAUGAUCUGUUGUUGCAUUGCGUUUGAACAGAUUGUGAAUAGAUUGUCUCUCCGUUUUUCUGUCUGUAUUUACAAAGAGAAAGUCGUAGCUACCUGCCCGUUGGGAGUUCCUGUGCUGCUGCAAUGCUUCUGCCUUGCGGACAGGAAACAGCCGCCUGGACUCGUUGGUUAAGUAACAAAGAUGUAUUGUUAUAUUUUAUUGAAUGUUCUGUUGCCAUCUCGCUAUGAUUGUGCUAUAACUGUGAAACUGCUUCAGGUUUGCUUGAGCUGAAUGUUGUGAGUUCUGAAUGUCAGAGAGUUUUCUGCUGGAAUGACCUCAAACAAAUUGGCUUAACAUGAAAAGGACCAGCUGAUCUAACAGGAGACAUCCUGCUGGUCAUUAAAUGCAUUGCAUUUCUGAAUCACAAUGAAUGAAAGCCAAGAAACACGACAAUCUGCUCUCUUACUGCUGAAAUAGUUGCUGUGUUGCACCGCUUAGUCAGGACUGACUAUGU